GAAAAUAGCCGUUGUCACAAAACGGUCACCACUCACCAUUUUCCAACAAUUCAAAACCCCUCUCCCUCUCAUCUCAUUUCUUAAACCUCACUCGCUUAAUUCCUCCAACAGGCACAAGACCAAGAAGGGAAAAACGACACCGUUACGAUGGGUUCAGAGAAGCAAGAAGAGGAGGGAAAAAUCCCGGUGCUAACGGUGCUGAAGAACAACACCAUCCUGAAGAACAUCUUCAUCGUGAACAAGCCCCCGGAGGAGUCACGUGGCGAUCACGUGGACGUGCUCCUCGUGGGUCGACACCCCGACUGUGACGUCAUGCUGACGCACCCCAGCAUCAGCCGCUACCACCUUCAGAUCCGCUCGAAGCCCUCCACGCGGCACUUCUCCGUCGUGGACUUGUCUUCCGUGCACGGGACGUGGGUCUCGGGGAGGAGGAUCGAGGCGAUGGUGAGCGUGGAGAUGAGGGAGGGAGACUCGCUCAGGAUUGGGGCUUCGAGUAGGGUUUAUCGGUUGCAUUGGAUUCCGAUUAGUCGCGCUUAUGAUAUGGAGAACCCGUUCGUCGCGCAAUUGGAUGCUGUUGCGGAAGAGGAAGAAGAAGAAGAGGAAAUGCAGAACUUGAAUAGCUGUCAUGCUGAAAUGGAAGAAAUUGAAUCAGUGGAUUCAGUUAUUGAGGAUAUCAGUUCUUUAUUCCUUCACGAGAAUGCGGAAUUAGCAGUGAAAGAGGAUAUUCCCUCGGCACCUUGGAUGUUGAAAGACAUGGUUUCUUUAUGUUUCGAGGAAGAAAGGAAGAGCCCAUCCAAAGCGGAAGCAAUUGGAAUCCCAAGUGACCCUUUUGAAACUAAAACAUCAUAUUUACCUAUGAUGUCCAAUGCCGAAAACAAAAUGUGUGACUCUUGGAGCCAGGUUUUAUCACCACCACCUUAUGUUGAAUCAGUUGCCCAAUGUGAUGAAACAUUGACCGAAUAUUUGUGUGGGAUUUCAUGUUUGCCAUCUGCAGAAGAUGUUUUGGAGACCAAAGUGCAACAAUUCCAUACUCCACCCAAUACUUUUGCUUCACCAUCAUUACCUAGUCAUGAGAACUCGUUUGAAAAGCAUUAUUCUUGCUUUGUUGUGAAUACUGCUCUUUCAUCUCUUGAUGAGAAAAGUGCAGCUGAAGCUGUAAUAAUGCCUAAAGAAUCUGAAUGUAUUCUCAGAGACGAUGGAAGCAUUAUCAAUGCUUUUACAGCUGGAGCUGGAGCUGGAACUUUCGAUUUUGAGAAUUUGUUUCUGCCAGUUGAGAAAGUUGCUAUGGAUUCUCUAUUUGGUGAAGAGAAAGGAGAUGUGUAUAGGUUACAGUCACAGCUGCUGGAUGAUAAAUUUUGUCAUGAUCAUGGGCACUCACUCAAUGAAAUAGUUCAAGAUGUUGGAAACAAGCGCACAGGUAGUGUCUCUCCCAUUCAAAAUCAGAUUGAGUCGGUCAAUUUAUCAAUGCCACAGGAACCAGUUUUGACUAUUAAAAAUGAAAACCAGACCCUGCAGUCUGAUAUGGAAAUUCUUGAGAGCUGUGUAAAAGCAAUGGAGAAAACUUCAUCAAAUCAUAAUAUUUGGUCAAGAAGAGGUAAAGCUGCUAGUGCUCCUCAUGUUCGAACUAGCAAGAGUAUGCUGACAAUUAAAGCCGCCAAUGUUGACACUUUAGUUGAAAUGAACAAUGAGAAGGAUAUAAUAAAUAAAACAAUCUCGAUGAAUCUUUUAUCUGUUCUGGAUGGGGGGGAAGUAGAAGAAGUAUUCACUCCCGAUAAAGAAAACUCCAGCCCAAAUACCCUCCAGUUGCAAUUUUUGAAGGGUAAGGAAGAAGAAAUAAAACAUUCCAAGUCACAAAGGUCACGACGCCUUUCAAAGGGUACAUCUAAUUGUGACAUCUAUACAAAUGUAAGCAUAGGGCCCGCUCUGUGCAAAGCGAGCCAGAAUGAUACCAAAAACAAGACAAUCUCAAAGGAUCUUUUCUCUAUUUUGGAUGGGGAAAAAGAAGAUGAAAUCUUCACUCCAGAUAAGGAAAAUGUCAGUCCAAAUGCCCUUCAAUUGCGGUUUCUGAAAAAGAAUGGUAAGUUAGAAGAAAUUAAACGUUCCAAGUCACAAAGGUCACCCCUUUCAAAGGGUACAUUUAAUCCUGAUCUCUAUCCAAAUGAAGGCACGGGGUCCACUUUAUGCCAAAUGAACCAGAAGGAUAUCUUAAAUAGAGCAAUCUCAAAGGAUCUUUUCUCUGAUUUGGAUGGGGAAGAGGAAGAAGAAGAAAUGUUUACUCCAGAUAAGGAAAAUGUCAGUCCAAAUGCCCUUCAAUUGCGGUUUCAGAAAAAGAAGGGUAAGUUAGAAGAAAUUAAACGUUCCAAGUCACAAAGGUCACCCCUUUCAAAGGGUACAUUUAAUCCUGACCUCUAUUCAAAUGAAGGCACGGGGUCCACUUUAUGCCAAAUGAAGCAGAAGGAUAUCUUAAAUAGAGCAAUCUCAAAGGAUCUUUUCUCUGAUUUGGACGGGGAAGAGGAAGAAGAAGAAAUGUUCACUCCAGAUAAGGAAAACUUCAGUCCAAAUACUCUUCAAUUGCAGGUUCUGAAAAAUAAGGGUAAGUUAGAAGAAAUUAAACGUUCCAAGUCACAAAGGUUACCCCUUUCAAAGGGUACAUUUAAGCCUGAUCUCUAUCCAAAUGAAGGCAUGGGGUCCACUUUAUGCCAAAUGAACCAGAAGGAUAUCUUAAAUAGAGCAAUCUCAAAGGAUCUUUUCUCUGAUUUGGGUGAGGAAGAAGAGGAGGAAGAAAUGUUCACUCCAGAUAAGGAAAACUUCAGUCCAAAUACCCUUCAAUUGCAGCUUCUGAAAAAGAAGGGUAAGGUAGAAGAAAUUAAACUUUCCAAGUCUCCAUGGCCUCAAAAUUCAAAGGAUAAUUUUGGUUGCAACAUAUAUCCAAAUGAAAACAUGAGCUCCACCUCAAGCAAAGAGUAUCAGACUGCAAAAGUAACCCAAGGUCAAAAUUUGCAAAGAAAUCCUUUCAGCAGCCAUAUCAAGUUGGCACAGGAGCAAGAGGGUGUGCCAUUUAAGAACAGAGUUGAAAGGGUACCCUUGCAAUCACUAAAGAACUCAGGAGGCAAGAGAAGAUCAAGCACUUUUUGUCCUGUUCCUGCUGCCAAAAGCUUCAAUUUCAGUAAUUGUGGACAAAUUUUAGACCAACCUAUUAACCCUUUUGAUAUCAAUGGGGUGCCAAAGAGAAGCAGCUGGGACAUGAUUGUGGAUACUACUUCUCUAAUGAACAAGGAAUCAAGGAAAGCUCUGCAACUUUUACAGGGUCUCAAGGGAACUCGGUUAAUCAUUCCAAGACUGGUCAUAAGGGAACUGGACAGUAUGAAGCAGCAAUUCUCAAUUUUCAGAAGAAUUUCAGAGGCUUCUUUGGCAUUAGAAUGGAUUCAAGAAUGUAUGGUGAAGACAAAUUGGUGGAUACAUAUCCAGAAUUCUGUGGAUGAAGGAAGAAUGAUUGCUCCAACCCCACCAGCUUCUCCUCAGACUCAGUUUAGUGAAGAGUGUUGGACUUUUCUUUCAUCCCAAAAGUGCGCCAUGGAAAUUGCUUCACCAACAGUAGAAGAUCACAUCCUUGAAUUUGCUCUUCUAUAUAGGAAAAACCAAAACGAUGGACAACUUGUCCUGCUUAGUGAGGAUGUCACUUUGAAAAUCAAAUGCAUGGAAGAGGGGUUGCUAUGUGAACCAGUGCAAGAGUUUCGUGAGAGUCUAGUGAAUCCAUUCUCUGAGAGGUUCUUGUGGACCAAUAGCUCUCCUCGAGGACAGACUUGGUCUUGCCAGGAUGAUGUAGUUUUAAGGGAGAAAUAUUGUCGUUUGCCUUUGUGGAAAUCAUCGAAGGGAGUAGCAAGUGGUUUGAAGCUCAUUUUGCUUCAUAAUUCUCAAUAUGGGCUCUGAGCAGUGGCAAACAGUUCAGUUGAGCCUGCUGAACAGUUUAGAUUUGACCAGUAUUCUCAUUUGCGGGUAGCAAUGUCUUGAAUUUUUUUUUUUCUAGUAAACAUUACCUACAAAUUAAUUACAUUUAAUCCGGUUUGGUAGCAAUGUUAUAAAACUUACAUGACUGCAUCAAAUUAAAAUUUCAUGAAUGCAUCUUGUGUAAACCCUAAACAUUACCUACAAAUUAAUUACAUUUAAUCCG